GAGUCGAUGUUUCCACCUUCCCUUCGUCGCAUGACUCGUCUCAGGUUGCGCGCCAGUCUUUUCUCUCUAGCCUGCGUUGAUAUAGGCGUCAAUUUGGAUUACGGUCUGCUUGUUUGUGGCCUUGUGACCUUGUUACUGCAGCAAUGGGCGAGUUUCCUUAUAUUGUGGUCAUCCUCUUCCUCCUCUAGCGACUCUGCAGUCUGCACUCUUACCUCGGGAGCCGUUGUAAAGGCUGGUCCCAUGGCUCACGUCCUGUUGGGGCUACGAUCGUGGCCCCAAACAACACAAUAAAACGAGAUUAUUACAUAGUGACAGUCCUUCUCGUCAUUUCCAGAGUGCACGGACACCAUCUCACUCAUACACGUCACUUGGAUAAACGCCAACAAAGGAAGAUGGUGUGUUCCUGAGACAGCCAUGAAAGGGUGAUGGGGCUGACCAAGGUGUGGCAGGGCCUGUGGGUGGGGCCGGCCCGGGCCAUCUCGUCUCCCUUGCUCUCCCAGCACAGUAUUACUACAUUGGUCUGGGCCACACCAGAGGUUCAUCUGCCACCACUGCAUGAAGGGGUGACUGUGGUGCAUGUGUUGGUGCAAGACAAUCCUUCACAACAACUUGGGCCACACCUGCGCACUGUGUCUCAGGCCUUCAGGGAGUGCCAAGUGCGUGGUGAGGGCAUGGCUGUAGUGUGUCGAGCAGGGAAGAGCAGGUCUGCAGCACUGGCACUGGCAGUGUUGGUGGCACUGCCUGAGGCCCACCUGACACUGAGAGAAGCUUACUUCACCAUCAAGGCAGCCAGGCCAUUCAUCAGACCCAACCCAGGCUUCUUUGCUCAGCUGAUUCAGUAUGAGGAGGAGGUUUUGGGCACAGCCUCUGUCACCAUGGAGGAGAGUCCCUACAGUGAAGGAAAGGAACUACUACCAACUGUGUAUGUGGAGGAACUGCAGCAGGCUUUGUGUGGUGGCACUUUUACCACCUUUGUGUCCUUGUGUUGAAGGUAGGAAGCAACUUUGUAUUGUGUAAGUAGGUGACUUACAACAGGUUUUGUACCAUGUCACCCUUCCUAACUUUCUGUCUCCAUGAUCAUCUCAAGUAGCCAUCAUCUCUCUCUACCCCUUACUAUGUUUUCUAUUUAGGAUGAACUAUUUGCAAACAAGGAAGAGAGAGAGAGCAAGAGAAAGAUAUAGAAAGAAGACAAGUCAUAAGUACAAAAAGGAAAGGAUCUUGAAAUAAAAGGAAAUAGGGAAGUUAGGAUUACAUCUGACAAUUCACCUGCACCAUCAUCACCAUUAUCACCUCAAAACUGUCUGGUCAUCUUCCUGAUUUCCUUGUCUGUUACAAUUAUACCAUUUACUUCCAGACUUUACAUUUUCACUGUCCGGCAUUCUCUUACCUCUCAUGACUCUGUAGCUGCUAGUCACUGCCAUCCAGCGCUGAGACUAGCUGCCUUUUAUCCUGUUCUUGCUGCUUCUGUCAUUUUACACAUCUCCCUGAAAAUGAAGGAAAGUCUAACAAAAAGAAAAAUGAAAAAUCUGGAGUGAUAAUUUACAUAGAUGGGUGUUGUCAUGAUAACGAGAUCAGGUUAUCUGUUGUCUGAUUAUUAUUCUUCCUGUGUUUCCAAUUUAUUGGUAUCACUGAUACUUUUGGUUCCUAAUUAGUGAUAAUCAGUAACUUUUUCUUGGAACAAAAGGAUGUUUAAGUCAUCAUAAUAUCAUCAAUGUGACUUUCAUCAGAACUAUGGGUGAGAAUGACUGAGACCACAAAAACCAAGCUGAAAAUAUAUUUUGAAGGUAAUAUUUUAUGCUUUGUACUUCAAUAAAGAUUUAGUGAUAGUAUUAACAGUGAUUGUGAAGAUAUUGUGUUGUUCGUGAGAUAAAUGGGCAACAGUUAAGUUAUUCCUUUAUUUAUAUAGAAUUAUGGAAUGUAAGAGAAGAUAACACUAAGGUAUGUGUGUACCUGUGAAUGAAAUGUUAUAAGCAUGCUGUGUUUGAUUUACAAAUUGCUAAUUAUUGUAUGGAAAUAAAAACAAAAUGCUCCUA